CGACCUUACUGCACAUGCGCAGAUGACGGUUUCCAAACACAGCUAACCCAAGCAACAAUAUUUUACAAUCAAAACAAAGAUGGCUUCGCGUCCUCGGCAACCAGUCGCGAAGGGAGGUUUAUGGGCUCCUACAAGACAGCCUGUUAGCAAAGAAACCCAGGAUUUACUAAAAGUUAUGAUGAAGGAAUCGAAGUUGACGAACUUCCAACAAAGACAACUCAGUGGUCGAUUGAAAGAUGGAGAGUCGUUCCCAACAGAUGUGAAUCCAACAAGUAGUACGAGGAAAGGGAAUAAAUCACCGCCCAAAUCAACUGGGAAAGAAGUCAGGCAGUUAUCAGGCACUGGGAAACGCACCCAGGCUGAGAUACAGCAAAGAUUGGCAAAUGAAGAAGAACAGCCUUAUAGACCACCCCCUGGAAAAUGUAUAACAGAGAAGGAUAAAAGAAUUCUUCAGAACACGAUGGCUUACGGUGAAGAAGGAGCGGCCAUGAUUGAGGAGACUCCCAGACCAAGAAAACCUCAGAGGGAAGCGAAACCAGAACCCGAAGUCGAUCGUUUUGAUGAAGUCGUUCAGCUGAUCGAAGAAAGAAAGGAAUUUCUGGAUGACAUGGAAAGGCUUGGUCAAGGAAAGAAAUAUCGAAGUAUUAUCGCCGCUGAAAUCUCACAGGGAAUACGAGAACUGGAAAUGAUCGAUAAGAAACGAACAAAAGAACUAAAUCUCGCUCUGGAGAAGGAAACAGAUACAUCAGAGAAUAGCUGAUGCAAUCAUUUUAUCUGCAUGGUUGGCGCUGCACUGACGGUGAAUGGACUAUGAAAAGUUUGGCCCAGGAGGAUUCAUUCUUGGGGACGCUU